AUCUCAACAAUACAAAUUUUAACAACAACAACAACAACAACAAGAACUUGGCUACUAACUUAACAACAACAGUAAUAGCAAUAACAACAACAAGUACUAAAAUGUCUUCUUCUCAGUUCAUUGCUUUCUUUGGUGCCACAGGCGGUUGCACAAACGCUUGUCUCGUUCAUACCUUGAAUGCAGGCUUCCACGCCACAGCACUGGCUCGCACACCCUCUAAAUUGAUCGAUAUGCUUCACGGUCAAGGUAUCAGCCAGGCAACCAUUGAUGCGCAGCUGACUAUCAUCAAGGGCGAUAUCUCCGAUAUUGCCGCUAUCAAGAGCGUCCUACUUUCUAAUAAGGACAACAGCAACCCCGUCCUUGCUUCACAAAUCAUCUCCGGCAUCGGCGGAACCCCUCAAUUGCAAAGAUCCCUCAAGAAGCCUGUAACCAUUGAUAAUCCUGAAAUCUGUGCCACCGCCACCAAGAACGUCAUACAGGUUCUUCAGCAAAUCUAUACUGAAUUCCCAACCACGAUAUCGCAACAGCAAAAGCCUGUGAUUACUGUCAUUUCAACUACAGGGGUCUCAGAUGUAAAGGAAGAUGUACCCUUUGGUUUCCAGUUCCUUUAUCAUGUUCUUUUGGCGGAUCCACAUAAGGACAAGAAGGUGAUGGAAAAGCUCAUUACUGAAAACACCCAAGAAUCCGAUGCCUCAAAGCGAGUCUUCCGAGGAGCGAUCAUUGUGCGGCCAAGUCUCCUGACGGGUGACCACAGUGUCAAGGGAGGCAAAGGGUGGAAAAAGCUGAAGACGGGCCAGGAAGAGAAGCCUGCAGUCGGCUAUACGGUCCACAGAGCCGAUGUUGGGCAGUGGAUAUUUGAACAAGUCGUCAAGACUGGAGGCGAGAGCUACCUGGGACAGAGGAUCACUCUUACAAAUUGAUAAAAGAACUCGCUGGGUGCAUAAUCACGCUUUAAUCAUUUCUCUAUCUCUGUAACAAUAUUAUGUCAAUAACUGCCU